UGUCCCAAUGGGCACGGUGAGCACUCCUAUUUACAAGAAAUCGUCUCGUAACGUGGAAUUGAAGGGGUUCCCUUCUCCGACAGUGAUGACCACAAUCUCUGUUUGAAGCGGGCGGAGGGGGGAGCAUGUGGUAACUUUAGUCUUUUUAAAAUCUCCUACAAGCGACCAGUACUGUCUGCUUGGCACGCGUAAAAGAAGAGUGGUUCCCCAACUAGAUGGGUUGAGGGAGACGCGUGAAAGCGCUAUGCAAUCGCACCGAAUGCAACUCUAAGGUGUGAUUUUUUUCCUUUUGAACCACUUUUAAAGGAAGACGCGUUCAUCGUGAAUUCACAGUUUCCUAUGGAUAUUUGAUUUCGCCUUAACGCCUCAGCCAAGCUUGCGAAGUUUACACCUUGCCCCCCCACUCAACGUUAGGACCGCGUCUGAGUUCGGAUGUUUAUCAAGCAACCUUCUGAUAUGUCUGAGAAUAAAAAGCACAGACUCGCGUGUCAAGACACUAAAGUCUGACGGAUUAAACCCUCGGAGUCCGGGCUGGUAUUAGCUGUGGUGCGGAGAGCUGCGAGCCGAGCGCUCUAAUGCGGUGGGGGUGUGCGCAAUCCCGCAGGCUAUACGUCUGUGCGUCCCGCUGAUGAUAACCUCAGCUGUUUUUAACUCUCCUCUUUUCAUCCAUAUAGUUCAGACUCGUCGGAUUUCCGCACGUCUACCUGCACCUUUAUGCACUCUCGCUGUGCGUUUACCGUCAUCCGGGAAUAGAUCCGCGCGAUCCCUUCCGACUGAAUAACGGAUCUAUUUUUGUGUCGAGACAGUUGAAUGGAUUUUCAGGUACACUUAGCUGAAACUGGGGAAUUGGAACCAUACGAUUUUCAAAACAUUGUUCGGGGCCACUUGGCUCGUGUGCCCAAGAAAUGCGUCUCUCUGGCGACAUUUAAAUCGCUUCGGUUAAUACUUUUGAGUCUGAUUUUUAUUUUAUUUUUUUGAGAUAUUAAGACAUUGGAGAAUAAGAUGAACCUGUGCAUCGUCAGUCUUCUCCUCACUCUGGAUUUAGCCACCGUGGCACUCAGUUUGUCCACAUGCAGCACGCUGGACAUGGAUCAGUUCAAAAAGAAGCGUAUCGAGGCCAUCCGAGGGCAGAUCCUGAGCAAGCUGAAGCUGAGCAGCCCACCUGAGGACUUCCCCGAUCCGGAGGAGGUGUCUCGGGACAUUGUCGCCAUUUACAACAGCACCCGCGACCUGCUGCAAGAGAAGGCGAACGAACGGGCGGCGACGUGUGAGCGGCAGCGGAGCGAGGAGGAGUAUUACGCCAAGGAAGUGCAUAAGAUCGACAUGCAGCCAUUCUACCCCUCAGAAAAUGUCAUCUCUCCUACACACUUCAACCCUUACUUCAGGCGGCUGACAUUUGAUGUGUCCUCCAUGGAGAAGAACGCCUCCAACCUGGUGAAGGCUGAACUCAGGAUCUUCCGUCUUCAAAACCACGGGGCAAAAGUGUCAGAGCAGCGCAUCGAACUUUACCAGAUUUUAGGACACAAAGACCUGACAUCUCCUACACAGCGAUAUAUUGACAGCAAGGUGGUACGAACACAAACAGAGGGAGAGUGGCUGUCCUUUGACGUGACAGAGGCAGUGAGCGAAUGGCUGAACCACAGAGACAGAAACAGUGGAUUCAAGAUCAGCCUGCAUUGCCCCUGCUGCACGUUUGUACCAUCAAAUAACUACAUUAUUCCCAACAAGAGUGAGGAGCUGGAGGCACGGUUUGCAGGUAUCGAUGACAGCUUCAUUCACAGUGGUGACCUAAAGGUGUUUAAGAAGCGGCGACACAGCACUCGGGCUCCACACCUUCUCCUCAUGCUGCUGCCUUCAUACCGGCUGGAGUCCCAGUCCCAGUCCCAGCACCCGAACCAUCGGUCCAAGAGAGCCCUGGACGCUGCCUACUGCUCUAGAAACGUUCAGGACAAUUGCUGCUUACGGUCACUCUACAUUGAUUUUAAGAAGGAUUUGGGCUGGAGAUGGAUCCACGAGCCAAAGGGCUAUGAGGCCAACUUCUGUGCCGGGGCCUGUCCGUAUCUGUGGAGUGCCGACACCCAGCAUUCCAAGGUGUUAGGCCUGUAUAACACCAUCAACCCUGAAGCAUCAGCCUCACCCUGUUGCGUUUCCCAGGACUUGGAGCCCCUCACCAUCCUCUACUACAUUGGGAAGACCCCAAAAAUAGAGCAGCUCUCCAACAUGAAGGUUAAGUCCUGCAAGUGCAGCUAGAAGCCCUUACAAACCACCUCUCUCUCUCUCUCUCUCUCUCUCUCUCUCUCUCUCUCUCUCUCUCCUUCUCUCUAUCUAUCUCUCUCUCUCUCUCUCCUUCCUUCAGACAAACAUGAAGUCAAACCGCAACUGUACUUUCUCUUCGAUGCACCAUUAUACUCACAGCAGUCAGGAGUGGAGUGCUGGAGAAAUGAGUUACAGACCGAUUCAGUGCUAGUUCAGUGCAUACUCAAUAUACAGGAGCAGUGCUGUCAUGACACCAAAAACAUGUCUUUGAUACCAAUGCUGAGUACCAGCAAUAUGGUGAUACAUACUUUUCAUGAGGCUUAGGGGCCGUACAAGUGCCACAUCUUUAACCGCCUGGAAAAUGUGAGGUUGGGUCCUCGGUGCCUAUUCUGGCACACUUUCACGAGUGUGGAGGCAGGUUGCUAAACAAACAUUACAAGUAUCGUAUCAUAGCCUACUUAGCUAAAAUUCUGAGUGAGGAGCUGAUGUCUUUUCAGGCGCUGUUUAUUAAGUGUGUUGGCCUAAAAUAUUGUCCAUAGGUAGCCCUGCACUAAAUUGGUCAACUUCUCAAUAUGUACCACAGACCGAUCUUUGCGGAAGAAGGGAAAGAUGCAUGUCACGACACCGUUGCUGUGACGUUUGAAUACAUCCACUGUGUGUCUACAUCAAAAACAAUGGAUCAGAGGGCACAAAAUAUGCAGCAUACAUAGGCCCCCUAAAGGGUCUUCAGUCUGUUGUAGGGCUGUCCCAUAUAUCAUUGUUUGGGUACCAGAACUUAGGUAGUAAUUGAGAGCAAAGCUUUGGCCAGCCGUGCGGGCUGGGGUGCAUAUUAUUAUCACAAAUGCUCAUAAUAUUAGGUUCAGAAUCGGAGACAACCCCUGAAAAGCGGCAUGAAACAGAGGCACAAACACAGCAACAAAUUUCAGAUUUAGAACUUUAGGCAUGUGAUACUAAUAGUUAGCCCUGUCACUGUGUGUGUGUGCGAGUGAACUUGCUGUUAGGAGAAGUUUGCCUUCAGGACUUUCUGUCAGAAAGGGAUUUCCUCGUUAAGGUUAGGGAAUAGUAGCCUAGGUUAAAAUGAAUACAACUUUGGAACCCAUUGUCCUCCAGUCUGAAGAUGAAAAGCCUCUUGGGGCAAGGGCCUAUAUUUUGGGAUGAUCUGGUGUAGCUAGCAGAUAUCUGAGAUAUCAUUUUGACUAAUCCUUAUAAACAGAUAUCUGCAAAUGAAUGCAAUAAAUUAAAAACAAAAAAGCUAAUAUAGAGCUAACUCACCAUCAGACGAUAGCUUACUGGUUCUGAGACUGCAUUUUGGCCAAUGUGUUCCACCUCUCCAUUGGUCUGUUCACCUGUAGUUCAAACAUGAUCGGCCAAUACUGCUUGGAUUACAGACAGAAACAUCAAAAACUGUGAUGCAAGAAUCUUUUCCCGUUGUCUACAGAUCCUGCAUACAUCUGCAGAUACUGUUUGUAGUUAUUAAAAUGAAUAAAGCCCUAAUGGCAAAUUUCUCCUGUAUGCAGCAGACUCUCACGAUAAACGAAGAGAGAGCGGAGCAAUUAGUUGCUGAGUGAUUCAAGACGCUACAAUAACAAUUUUUUUUUUUUUUUACCUAUUUUAGAUAAUAAAAAAAAAAAAUUGAAUCUCUACGCAAAACAUUAAAAUUAAUGUAUUGGAAACACUGAGGUUUACAUUUAUUCAUAAUUUCUUUAUUGUCAUUUAUCCCCAAAAACUUGAAAAUCAAAUACAGAGUGGAUCAGAAGAAUAAUUAUCAUGAUAGUUGAAUAUUCAGGUCCAGCCAGGCCUGGACUGGCCCACGGGAGAACCGGGGAGUUCCCCGGUGGCCUGGCCCGCAAGUGGUCUGCUCUGGCCUGCCUGUCUUUUUUUUUUUUUUUUUUGUUAAGGUGUGCUCUGCAGCGCAGGCUGCGCAGCGCAGGUGGCCGUGUCACAACGAAUGGUCAAGAAGGUGUUUUUUUUUGUAGAUUCAAGACGUGAUUAGUUUGUCUCGCUUUCCGCCCGCACCUGCCCCCAAAUCAGCGUGCCUGUAAACUGAAAGCAGCUUGGUUGUGGAGAGUCAGGUGGAACAGAGAGGAGAGGGUGUGUACUUGUGCCUGUGUGUGCAGACUGUGCAGUAGGAGCUCUGCAGCUCAGCAGCACCGUUACAGUGGACCGCAAAAAGAGGAAAGGUGGAGCUGAACGGGAGAGAGAUAAAAAAAAAAGGGGGGGCCAUUGAGGAGGAGGCGGCCAAAUGUCAUAAACUUACAGAUAUGUUCAGAGCCCCCCCUGCCCCCAGCAGCAGCAUGACGUCAUCAAAUGACGAUGCUGCAACAAGUAAGUUAACAUAGAAAAGUAAGAAAACUGGUUAUUCUCAACAUGAGGUCCGGGGAGGAUGGGGACCGACCCGAGGCCAGAUAAAUGAUUGAUGAUAAGCUAUAAGAGCCAAAUUAACCCGUAAGGGUCCAUUUGGUUCCAUUUUGUACAGAGCAGCACAGGCUGAAACAGUGUGGGGACCCCUCUUAAGGAUAGGCUCUUAACCGUCUAAGUUCAAAAGUUUUCAAUAUCUAAUAUCUAAUAUCUAAUCUUACUGAAAUAAGAUCAGAUAAGUUGAAGUUGUUGCCGACUUAUAUUUUUACUUGUUUUACUGUUGCAUUGAAUAUGGGUGUUGCCAUAUUGAUUAUGAUUUGCUGACAA